AUGCAGGCGGGGAGAAGAUCCAGUCUGACGACGCAGAAGAUCCACAGCGUACCGAGUGGUGCAACGCGCUGCACGACCACGUCGUACGGUGACUGUUUCAUGGAGUGGUCGUUCGUGAGUCAGUCUGACUGCUUGCUCAGCGUUGGGGUUCGAAGUGUGAAGAAAAGCUCUUACCUUGUUGACAAUGUAGAUGAGCGAGCAGCCGCAAGCAGAGCAGAGGACGAAAAGGACACCUUGUAUCAAUGCUUGGCGUUGGGAUGUGAGGUCUGUUUGUGCGGAACGAUGCGAGUCAAUUGCAAGGACAUGUGGAAGAGAUUUCGACAUUGA